AUGCGUGCCACCUAUCUCUUCUUGUCCGUGGCAGCCCCAUUGGCCUUGGCUUUGGUCAUCCCCGAUGAGACUAUUCUUGCGGAGAUAGUCUCCGAGACUCGCUCUAUUCUAAAAGACCAGGAUGAUGCUUUAUCGAAAGCAAAUGUUGAGACGAGCCUUAUAGAGAUCUCCCCCGAGGAGCGUGGAGGAUGGAGAAGAGAUCAAGACUGGCCCGAUGGCGAUGAAUAUCCCGGACACGAAUGGCCAGGAUACGACGAAGCCCCGCAUAGAAGAUGGCCCGGCUAUGAAGAUGAUCGACCCAGACACGGUUGGCCUGGACAUAGAGACGACGAAGACAGACCCUACCCUCCACACUCUCGACACCCUCGACCGGGAGACGGAGAAUGGCCCCAUAGAGAUGACCGCGACGAUAGACCGUGUCAUAGACACCCUCCGUCUAUACCAGAUAAACCCCCUCACCGGCCUCAUCCAAUCCAUCGACCAAUCGAUGCCUGUCCAGGCCCGCUCUGUCGCACGGACAAAACGACAUGGCAGCUCAUCCGAGAAAGCGCGCAUACAGCCCAACUGGCCAAGCUCAUUGCCGAUGAUAGCGAGCUUGUCGAGAUCCUCAAUAGCACAGAGACAAACCACACGUUUUUCGCGCCGCCGAACCAUGCUCUAGAGAGACUGUUACGGGGACGAGAAGGCCCAACUCGCAAGUCAAUGUCCAACUUGCUACGAUACCAUAUCGUAGAUGGUAGACUGCCCAUCGACCAAAUUUCAGGUUAUCAGACACUACCAACGAAGCUUGAAGAAUCCGGUCUGGGAUCAAAACUGCCACAGAGAAUCGUUGUCAGAGAACACCAUGACGGAGUAGUGUUGAACCGCAAAAGUCUAGUCGUGGUAGCUGACCUGAAAACCAAAAAUGGGGUCAUUCAUAUCAUAACCACACCCCUCCACCCUCCCCCAGAGACACACACACUCCUCCACCGACUACCCCAUUUCAACACGUUCAACUCGGCCCUAGCACGCACAAAACUCACCUACACCCUCGAUUCAAAUCAGCGGCAGGGCGGCACAACGUUCGUGCCUACGAACGCAGCCUUCAGACGGCUCGGUGGGCGUAUUAAUCAUUUCCUUUUCUCGCCGCAGGGAGAGAAGUGUCUGCGUGCUCUGAUGCAGUAUCAUAUUGUGCCGAAUCGCACACUUUAUUCGGACGUGCUGUAUACCAAGAAUGGGAAGAUUCAGAAGUUGUUUGCUGACCGGGAUGGUGGGCAUGGGGGUGGGUUAGAGGAGGAUUCUGCGAAUGUGCGGCUGGAGACGCUGCUGAAAGAUCACAAGGUAGCAGUUGAUGUUGAGAGAUCUGAGGAGGUGAUUAUGCGUCUUGAUGGGUUUGACAGAGUUGGGCAUUUGGAUUUGUUGGCGAGAGAUGGGGUGGUGCAUGUUUUGGAUAGGGUGUUGAUCCCGCCGAGGAAGAUUAAGGAUAAAUAUUACGAUGAAAGUGAGAAUGUGAGAGAACUGAUGGUCGAGGAACUUGUUGAGAGAUUGGAUGAUUGUGUCUACGAGGAGGUGCGCCGUGGUGAACUUUGA